AUGGACACAUCACUAAUUAAAACAGUUAACAAGCUACAAGAUGCUUUUGCAACUGUCGGAGUUCAGAAUCCCGUUGAUCUACCACAGAUUGUAGUUAUUGGCUCUCAAUCGAGUGGUAAAAGCUCCGUAUUGGAAAACAUUGUGGGACGCGAUUUUUUGCCAAGAGGAACAGGAAUUGUAACUCGAAGACCUUUGGUAUUACAACUCAUAAACCGACCGUCCUCAAAUCCAAAAACUAAUGGUAUCGAAGAGUCGGAAACUGCUGGCAAACCGAAGACUGAAACCAGUAAACAAAAGGUUUCAGAUGCUAACGAAGAUUACGAAGAAUGGGGUGAAUUUCUGCAUCUUCCCGGUGAAAAAUUUUCUGACUUCAAUAAGAUUCGUGAAGAAAUUGUUAAAGAGACUGAAGCAAAAACGGGAACUAAUGCUGGUAUCUCUCCGCAACCCAUCAAUCUAAGAAUAUAUUCGCCCAACGUUCUUACCUUAACUCUUGUCGAUUUACCUGGUCUUACAAAAGUUCCCGUCGGUGAUCAACCAAAGGACAUUGAGAAACAAAUCAGAGAAAUGAUCUUGAAAUACAUUACUAAACCAAAUGCAAUCAUUCUUGCUGUUACUGCGGCUAACACUGAUUUAGCCAACUCCGAUGGGUUGAAAUUAGCUCGUGAAGUUGAUCCUGAAGGAAAUUGUUAUGUUAAAGAUAUUAUCAAAUUCAGGGAUCAAGGGACAGAUGUCGUAGACAUCUUAGCGGGACGUAUUAUCCCCUUAAGGCUAGGUUAUGUGCCUGUGGUUAACCGCGGACAGCGAGAUAUUGAUAGUAAGAAAGCGAUUUCCGAUGCGCUUGAAAAAGAAAGUCAAUUCUUUGAAAACCAUCCAUCUUACAAGAGCAAGGCACAAUACUGCGGUACACCAUUCCUUGCACGAAAGCUAAAUAUGAUCCUCAUGCAUCAUAUUCGCACCACGCUUCCUGAAAUCAAAGCUAAAAUUCAUGCAGUGCUUUCUAAAUAUCAGACUGAAUUAUUAUCACUUGGAGAUCCAUUAGAAGAAGGCAAUAAUCAUGGCAAUAUUGUUCUGAACAUUAUUACAGAAUUUUGCACCGAAUUUCGCACUAUUGUUGACGGAAAUUCGAAUGAACUUUCUUCGUUUGAAUUGUCCGGUGGUGCUCGAAUCAGUUUUGUUUUCCAUGAAGUGUUUGCAUCUGGUGUAAAGUCGAUAGAUCCAUUUGAUCAAGUGAAAGAUGUGGACAUUCGAACAAUAUUAUAUAAUUCCUCGGGAUCGUCUCCAGCUCUUUUCGUAUCCCCUACUGCAUUCGAAGUUAUUGUUAAACAACAGAUUAGGCGCCUAGAAGAACCUAGUUUAAAAUGUUCAACGUUAGUGUACGAUGAAUUGGUUCGCAUUCUAACUAAUUUGUUACAGAAACAGCUCUUCAAAAGGUUCCCAGGAUUGAAAGAAAAAGUUUAUCUCGUAGUUGUUAGCUUUUUCAAGAGGGCCAUGUUACCCACAAACAAACUUGUACAGGAUCUUGUCAAUAUGGAAGCAUGUUACAUCAAUACGGCUCAUCCCGAUUUUUUGAAUGGUCACAAAGCCUUGACUAUGAUUAACGAGAAGCUUAACCCACCAAAGCCCAGUAAUCCCACCGUAGAUCCGAAAUCAAAUCGUGGAAGCAUUAACAACCUGAUUAACUCUAACCCGCUGCUCGACAGUGAUGGAGGUAAUACUGGGUUCUUUGGAAGCUUUUUCUCGAGCAAUAAAAAAAAGAAGCCUGGCGUUAUGGAACCGCCGCCACCAGUAUUAAAGGCAUCAGGAAAUUUAUCUGAGCGUGAAUAUAUGGAGACCGAAGUGAUAAAACUGCUCAUUCAAUCUUAUUUCAAUAUCGUGAAGAGGACUAUUAUUGACAUGGUUCCUAAGGCAAUCAUGCUUAACCUCGUGUCAUUUGCUAAAGAGGAGCUUCAACGUGAAUUGCUGCAGGAACUAUACAAAGCCGAAGUUUUGGACGAAUUGCUCAAGGAAAGUGAUUAUACUCAACAAAGACGAAAAGAAUGUAAAAAGAUGAUUGAAGCUUUGCAAAGAGCUGAUGAGGUCUGUGGAAUAUUUUAG